AUGCUUCUGUCCGUGGGCUGGUUGUCCGCCUCUGUCGCCGGGGUUGUGUGCGCUCACCUUCUACAAAGAAUAUGUUUCCCGUACUUUUGGAAGGACUUAUUCUUCCUGCUCAAAGUGAUGCGCUACGGAGUGAACCUGGAGGUGUCCAAGUUGAGGUCAGAGGUGCGCACGGUGUUGGAUAAGUUCAUCCACCAGGCGCAGCGCAUCCCCAACAAACCUUUUGUCAUCUUCGAAGGGAAAGCGUUCACCUACAGGGACGUAGAGCAGCGCAGCAACAAGAUCGCGCACAUACUCCUUCAGAAUACCAACCUGAGGAAAGGAGACUGUGUGGCCGUGCUUAUGAAUAACGAGCCCGACUUCUUGUGCGUGUGGUUCGCUUUGGCAAAAAUUGGUUGUUCAGUCGCCUUCCUCAAUACAAACAUCAAGUCCAGAUCACUAAGGCACUGCUUCACCAGCUGUGGAGCUAGAACCCUGGUUGUGGGAUCAGAUGUGGCCGACCUAUUGGACGGCUUCUUGACCACUGUGCUGGAGGACAACAUUCAGGUGUGGGCCAUGAAGAGCAGCUUUGAACACUCACAAGUUCACACAAUACUGGAUAAAAUUGAUGCUGCUUCCGACAAACCAGUGCCUGCAUUACCCUUGACGACCAACAUCAAAACUCCAACUUUGUACAUCUUCACGUCUGGAACAACAGGUCUUCCCAAGGCGGCCGUGAUCAGCCACCUGCAGAGCCUCAAAGCAGCGGGUGGCUUCUGGGCGUUCGGGGGGACUCAGGACGAUAUCAUAUACAUCCCUCUGCCCCUCUACCACAGCGCUGCGUCACUCAUCGGUAUUGGAGGAACCAUAGAGCUCGGUGCAACUUGUGUCCUGAAAAAGAAAUUCUCAGCGUCACAGUUUUGGGCGGACUGUCGCAAAUACAACGUGACGAUCUUCCAGUACAUCGGAGAACUGUGUCGUUAUCUCUGCAACCAGCCAAAGACUGAGCUGGACAAAGUGCACAAAGUUCGGAUGGGGGUUGGUAAUGGACUGCGUCAAGAUGUGUGGCGAGACUUUCACCACCGCUUCGGAAACAUCAAAAUGUGUGAGGUGUACGGUUCAACAGAAGGAAACCUUUGCUUUAUGAACCACAUUGGCAAGAUUGGAACUGUGGGGCGAUCCAAUUUCAUCUACAAACUCCUCUUCAAAUAUGAUCUGGUCAAGUAUGAUAUGGUUCGAGAUGAGCCAGAGAAGGAUAACCGCGGCUUUUGCAAACGAGUGAAACAUGGUGAAACUGGACUAUUAUUGUCGAAAGUCAGCGCCCUAAGCCCUUUCUUUGGGUACGCUGGUAGCAAACAGCUCACAGAGAAGAAGAUCCUGAGAGAUGUAUUUGUCAAAGGGGAUGCCUACGUGAACACUGGGGACCUGAUGGCGGAGGAUCAGGAGGGCUUUAUUUGCUUUAGAGACAGAGUUGGAGACACAUUUAGGUGGAAAGGUGAGAAUGUUGCUACAACAGAAGUAACAGAAAUUCUUGGCCUUGUGGAUUUUAUUCAGGAAGUCAAUGUGUACGGAGUAGAAGUACCAGGCCAUGAAGGCAGAGCAGGAAUGGCAGCAGUGAUUGUUCGAGCAGAUCACUCUUUUGAUGGAGAGAAAUUGUUUGAUUGUGUGGUGAGAGAUCUUCCUGCCUACGCCCGACCACUCUUCAUCCGACUGCAAGAGGUGAUGGAGAUGACCAGCACAUUCAAGCAGCAGAAGUUCCACCUGGUGAAGAGUGGUUUCAACCCGGCCAACAUCUCUGUGCCUCUCCAUGUGAUCGACUACAAACUGGAGAGCUAUAUUCCUCUUACAGACACUAUCUACCAGAGAAUUCUCACAGGAGAGAGGAAACUAUAG